UCAGCGCUGCUAUAUUUAAGGUCCACGCAGGCUCCAGGAUCACAUUCUUCUCCCCGUCCCUGCUGAACCCAGGGCAAGAAGAAACCAAGGUCCGGCUCAUCCUCUGGAAUCGUCUCCCCAGAGACGCCUGAGCGGGCGCAGCUGCCUCUCUGCUGGAGAGACGAUCGGGAAUGCCCGCAGAGUGGACGGGCCCAGGGUUGUUGCUCUCGCAGCCAUGACUCUGCCCCACAGCCCUGGAAAUGUGGGGGAGCCCCGGCCCCCCCAGGCCGUGGAGGUCCACCGGCUGGAACACCGCCAGGAGGAGGAGCACAAGGAGGAGCGGCAGCACAGCCUGCACAUGGGUUCCUCAGUGCGGAGGAGGACCUUCCGCAGCAGUGAGGAAGAGUAUCAGUUCAGCGCCGCAGACUACGCCCUUGCAGCCGCCCUGGCACUGACAGCCUCCUCAGAGAUAUCUCGGGAGUCCCAGCUGAGGCGCCAGACCUCCGCCGUGGAGCUGGAGGAGCGGGGACAGAAGCGAGUGGGCUUUGGCAACGACUGGGAGAGGACGGAGAUCGCCUUCCUGCAGACCCAGUGGCUGCUGCGCCAGAGACGCGACCGGAAGGCGCUGAGGAAGCGGACAGAGGAGAAGGUCCGGGAGGCCAAGGAGCUGAGGGAGCUGUGUUCCGGCCGGGGGCCCUGGUUCUGGAUCCCUCUGCGCUCCCACGCCGUCUGGGAGCACACCACGGUCCUGCUGACCUGUACUGUCCAGGCUUCGCCUCCACCCCAGGUCACCUGGUACAAAAAUGACAUGAGAAUCGAUCCCCGCCUCUUUCCCGCCGGGAAGUACCGAAUCACCAACAACUAUGGGCUCCUGACGCUGGAGAUUAGAAGAUGCACCGUGGAGGACGCAGCCACAUACACUGUGAAGGUGAAGAAUGCCUAUGGCCAGGCCUCCUCCUUCGCCAAAGUCCUUGUCCGAACUUACGUGGGGAAGGAUGCUGGCUUCGAUUCGGAGAUCUUUAAAAGACUGAUGUUGGUCCCCAACGUGGAAUUCACAUCAGUGCUGAAGCCAGUCUUCGCGCGAGAGAAGGAGCCCUUCUCCCUGUCCUGCUUAUUCUCAGAAGAUGUGUUGGAUGCUGAGCAGAACAUCCAGUGGCAUCAAGAUGGGAGACUACUGAGACCCUCAGGACGCUGGCAGAUCCUCUACGAAGACCGCCAGGCAUCCCUGAAGGUGUCCUGUGCCUAUAAGGAGGAUGAGGGGCUCUACACAGUCCAGGUGCCUUCCCCCUUGGGGCUCCAGGAGCAGAGCGCUUACGUGUUUGUGAGAGAUGCUGCAGCCGAGAAGCCAGGGGCCCCGGGUUCCCCUCUGAAUGUCCGAUGCCUGAAUGUGAACAGAGACUGCCUCAUCCUGACUUGGACCCCACCCAGCGACACCCGGGGCCACCCCAUCACCAGCUACUCCAUCGAGCUGUGCCAGGGCGAGUCUGGGCAGUGGGUGCCCUGGCACGAGGCCCCCGGCGGGAUCUGUCGGUGCCCCAUCCAAGGCCUUCUGGAAGGUCAGAGCUAUCGGUUCCGGGUGCGAGCCGUCAGCAGAGCAGGCAGCAGCCUCCCCUCCAAGGCAUCAGAACUGGUUGUCAUGCGCGACCAUGAUGAAGACCGGAGAAAGACAGAGAUCUCCUUUGACCUGGGAAACAAGAUCAUAGUCAACACAGAUGAUUUUGAAGACUUUGUGACCAUCCCCUCACCCCCCACCAACGUCCACGCCAGUGAGAUCCGUGAGGCCUACGUGGUUCUGAGCUGGGAGGAGCCAAGGCCUCGGGGCAGAGCUCCCCUGACAUACACUCUGGAGAAGUCAGUCAUAGGUAGUGGCACCUGGGAGGCCAUCCCUACAGACACUCCUGUGAAAUCCCCAAGGUUCGCCCUUUUGGAUCUGGAGAAAGGGAAGUCGUAUGUCUUCAAAGUGCGAGCCGUAAACCAGUAUGGCAUGAGCGAUCCCUCGGAGCCCAGCGAGCCCAUCGCCUUGAGGGGGAAGCCAGCUACUCUCCCUCCUCCAGCCCAAGUUCAAGCAUUCCGAGACACGCAGACAUCUGUAUCCCUGACCUGGGAGCCCUUGAAAGACGCCCCAGAUCUCCUGGGUUAUUACAUCUACUCCCGGGAGGCGGGAUCAUCUGAGUGGCAAACAGUGAACAACAAGCCCAUCCAGGGCCGCAAGUUUACAGUUCCCGGGCUAAGGACGGGGAAGGAGUACGAGUUUUGCAUCAGAUCAGUCAGCGAGGCUGGGGUAGGCGAGAGCUCACCCGCCACUGAACCCAUCAGGGUCAAGCAGGCUCUGGCCACGCCAUCUGCCCCAUACCAUUUUGUGCUCCUGAACUGUGGGAAGAAUGAUAUGGUCAUUGGGUGGAAGCCCCCCAAACGUUGUGGAGGUGGCAAGAUCCUGGGCUACUUCCUGGACCAGCAUGACUCAGAGGAGCUGGACUGGCACCCAGUCAACCAGCAGCCCAUCCCCAGCCGGGUCUGCAAGGUCAGUAACCUUCGUGAAGGCCACUUCUAUGAGUUCCGUGCCCGCGCAGCAAACUGGGCAGGGGUUGGUGAGCUGUCGGCGCCCAGCAGCCUGUUUGAGUGCAAAGAGUGGACGAUGCCCCAACCAGGCCCCCCGUAUGAUGUGCAGGCAUUCGAGGUGCGGGCCACCUCCCUGAUGCUGAAGUGGGAGCCCCCACUGUACACCGGGGCCGGGCCCGUCUCGGGCUACUGCAUCAGUGUCCAAGAGGAAGGCUGUGAAGAAUGGAAGCCGGUCACCCCAGACCUCAUCUCUGGCACCCACCUGAGGAUCUCUGACUUGCAGCCGGGGAAGAGUUACGUGUUCCAAGUUCAGGCUGUGAAUUCGGCAGGUCCGGGACAACCAUCCAUGCCCACUGACCCCAUACUCCUGGAAGACAAGCCAGAUGCCCGAGAGAUCAAGGUUGGUGUGGAUGAAGAAGGCCUUAUCUACUUGGCUUUCGAAGCUCCAGAGGCCCCUGACUCAGCAGAGUUUCAGUGGUCCAAGGACUACAAGGGCCCGCCAGACCCCCAGAGGGUCAAGAUCGAGGAGAAGGCUAACAAAUCCAAGGUCAUCCUGAAAGACCCUGGCCUUGAGGACUUGGGCACCUACUCCGUCGUGGUCACUGAUGCUGAUGAAGACAUCUCAGCCAGCCACACACUGACGGAGGAAGAAUUGGGCAAGCUGAAGAAGUUGAGCCAUGAGAUCAGAAACCCAACGAUCAAGCUCAUCUCGGGCUGGAACGUCGACAUCCUUGAACAAGGAGAGGUGCGGCUGUGGCUGGAAGUAGAAAAAUUAUCUCCAGCUGCUGAGCUGCAUCUCAUCUUCAAUGAGAAGGAGAUCUUCAGCUCGCCGAACCGCAAAAUCAAUUUUGUCCGAGAGAAGGGCCUGGUGGAAGUGAUCAUCCAGAAUCUGUCGGAGGAUGACAAAGGGUCGUACACCGCCCAGCUCCAGGAUGGAAAAGCCAAAAACCAGAUCACCCUAGCGCUGGUGGAUGACGAUUUUGACAAACUUCUGAGGAAAGCAGAGGCUCAGAGAAGAGACUGGAAGAGAAAACAGGGUCCGCAUUUCGUGGAGCCCUUGCAGUGGAAGGUCACCGAGGACUGCCAAGUGCUGCUGACCUGCAAGGCGACCAACACCAAGAAGGAAACCCGCUUCCAGUGGUUCUUCCAGAAGAGAGAGACACCGGACGGUCAGUACGACCCAGAGACUGGAGUGGGAACUCUGUGCAUCGAGGAGCUGUCCAAAGAGGACAAGGGAAUUUAUAGAGCAACGGUUUCUGAUGACCGAGGGGAGGAUGACACAAUUCUGGACCUCACAGGGGAAGCCCUGGAUGCCAUCUUCACUGAGCUGGGCAGGAUUGGUGCCCUCUCUGCGACCCCACUGAAGAUCGAGGGGACCGAGGAGGGGAUCCGGAUCUUCAGUAAGGUCAAGUACUUUGACAUCCAGUAUAUGAGAACCACCUGGUUCCAUAAAGAAAAGCGCCUGGAGAGCGGUGACCGGAUAAGGGCUGGAACCACCCUGGAUGAGAUCUGGCUCCACAUCCUGGACCCGAAAGACUCAGACAAGGGCAAAUACACCCUGGAGAUAGCCGCAGGGAAGGAUACCCGGCAGCUCUCAACGGAUCUCUCAGGACAAGCUUUUGACGACGCCUUGGCUGAGCACCAGAGACUGAAAGCCUUGGCCAUCAUUGAGAAGAAUCGUGCCAAAGUGGUGAGGGGCCUGCCAGAUGUAGCCACCAUCAUGGAAGACAAGACCCUGUGCCUGACCUGUGUCAUCUCUGGAGACCCCACCCCUGAAAUCUCUUGGCUGAAGAAUGACCAGCCUGUCACCUUCCUUGACCGCUACCGCAUGGAAGUGAGGGGUUCGGAGGUCACCAUCACCAUCGAAAGGGUCAACAGUGAGGACAGUGGGCGCUACGGUGUCUUCGUCAAGAAUAAGUAUGGUUCUGAGACGGGGCAGGUCACCAUCAGUGUGUUCAAGCAUGGGGAGGAGGCCAAGGUGCUGGAGAAGAGAGUGCAGGCUGAGGUUCCACCUGUGGUCUAGUCUGCAUGGACCAGCGGGGUCAACCAGUAGGUCACAGCCUGGCACAGGCAGCGG